AUGCACCGGGCGAUAACAGACCUGGUUUCUUUGGCGGGACGACGACCGGGAAACACUCUGAAGAACAGCAGGAUCAAUAGAUAUGCGCAGCGACGGCCAAACUCGACCAAAACCGAUCCUCUCCCAGCAAAGGAUUCAUCUUCUUCUCCUUCCACCGCAACAGUGACUUCUCCCUCCGUCGGUUCCGCAGCAUCCGCCGCUGGAGCAGCCGCUCCGCCGUUGAGAAGUCGCAGUAUAUGGGAUAGAGUCAAGACAGGCCCCAUUGGCCGCUUUGGAGAUUGGUAUACACAAGUACAGCUCAGACGACCGUACACCACACAACUCGCAAGCAGUUUUAUCAUUUAUCUGGCUGGCGAUCUUAGUGCGCAGCUGUUUUUUCCAGCCGACGUCAAACCGACUACGUCGGAAGAGUCGCAGCAAUCUGCCGUCGCGAGCGAUGAGAAGCAGGAUGAUCAAAAGCCUGUACUCGCAGGGUAUGAUCCGUUACGGACCUUGCGCCAUUUGACUGUCGGUGUUGUAUCGGCUAUUCCUGCAUUUAAAUGGUUCAUGUUCUUGCACCACAAUUUCAACUACACGUCCAAAUUCCUAUCAAUCGCCACCAAGGUCGCCGUACAGCAAGCCGUUUUCACUCCAGUGUUCAGCACAUAUUUCUUCAGCGCACAAUCACUUCUAGCGGGUGCCUCGUUGGAAGAGACAUGGGAACGACUGAAAAAGGCCCUCCCUCCGAGUAUCGGGAACAGCAUCAAGCUGUGGCCAGCAGUCACGGCUUUCAGCUUCAUGUACGUUCCACCGCAUUUCCGAGCAGUGUUUGGCGGCGCAAUUUCUGUGGGAUGGCAGACUUAUCUCAGCUGGCUCAACCAGAAAGCCGCUCGAGAGGUUGCGGCAGCCGAAGCCGCUGAAAGAGUCUUGCAUCCUACAGAUGUGCGAAUUUCGCAGGCGGCUUGA